AUGUAUGAGAACCUCGAAGCUGCUCGGACAAAGCGGGUCUCGCAACAGGAACGCAAGACAGUGUUUGGAGCCAAGCCAGGACUUUGUGGAGAUUCCAUGUCGGUUUUAGUGAUGUGGCGCUUCCACAGUAUUCCCAUGACAGCGAAAGUGCACGGCCCACCGCCACCAAAGGGCUCCGGCCUGUUGAAAAACCUCACCAAUCUGAAACAGAUGACUCAUGUACAGAAACGCAGCUUUAAACGUGCUUAUGCACGAACCCCUGAUGACCGUGCAGAUGGUAUCCUUGUGCUUCUUAGGUCCUCGACCAUUCAGGAACAUCAGAUAGGCAGUGCCGCCAUCAUUCCUGGUCGACUUGUGCACAUCAGGCUGCACUACCGCCAGAGAGCCUGCGAUAUCCUGUGCUGCUACAAUUUCAUGGACGUUCAUCAGAUCAUCAACAAAUACACUCCAAAGCAGCCCAAAAAGAAGAUACAGUUGCGGAAUGAUGAUGGCACACCCGCAUCACCGGAAGAGGCCCUGCAGCUCACCAGGACCUUUGUUGAGGAAAUUUGGCAUGGACCUGCUCAGGUUGAUCUAGGAGAUGCCAUCAGACGCGUUGCAGCCCACUGUGAGGAAGUCCGAUGCCUUGUGAAGACCCAACGCCAGAGAACUCAGAUCCUGAGACCUGAUGACAUUGUGCUCACAGUUGAUUGGAGUAAUCUACAACAGAACUUGCAGCUCAUGACCGUGGCUCUUGAGGUGCAAACACCGCUGAACCCCAGUGCAGACAGCUCCCUGGAGGUGCGUCCAUGUGACCAACACGUGAAUCUCGAUGCCCUUCUGCGUGAAGAAGAAGAAGAAGCGCGCAUUUUGCGCCUGCACCAGGGACUCACCGAGAACCUGAUGAACAAGCCUUUUGGCCCAGACCUGAUCCAGCUGAUACGUGAACGCAACUGGAAUAGCUUGGUGGAUCACAGACAGGCCUGUGAAUUCCUGGCUGCACAAUGCUGUAUUUGUGACUUUCAUUUCAGCAGACCGCAGGAACUGCACAGCCAUCUGCGAGUGCACCAUCCCAAAUGGGUGCCACAUACCUUCACCAAGGCCUCACAGUUGUGCCGUAGCUAUGCCAGGAACUCUCCAUGCAGACACUGUGGACUCAGUUUUCGACAGGCUCAUACGUGCCCCAUCAUCACCCAGGCAGCCAUGCUGUUGCUCCACAUGCCAACUGCAUCAGGCCAUGGGGAGACACCACCCUUGGAAGCGCUGCGCUGCGAGGUCUGUGGACUUAGAGCUUCAAGCUUGGAUGAAAUCCACAGACAUCUAGCUGACUCUCAUCGCCUGGCUUUUCAUGACUGGCAACCUGAAAGGGAUUUGAUGGGAAAGGACCCAGCUUGCUCACACUGCUCCCGGUGUUUUGCAGAUGUGUCAGCAGUCCGGCAGCACGUGACAUUAGGGCAAUGUCCGAUGUUCGACCCAAACCGUUCACCAUACUUGUUGCCGAUUGCCCCCAUUUGGAAUCAACUUUUUCAAACAGGUGAUCUUCAACCUUUUUUGGAGGACUCCAUGGUCAGAAUGCGCAUGACGUUGCACUGUGCACAAUGCGAUGCCCGGUACACAAGGUCAAACGACCUGAUGCUGCACCUGCAAACGGCCCACUCGGCCAUGUGGACCAGAGCUCAAGCGCUGACGAGGUUCCUACUGAAGGUCUGGCCGCCUGAACACUCCUGUGUGUGCAAUCCAAGUCUCAACAAGGUCACUCUGACCCAUGUGUGCCCCUUUUACCGACAGAUUGCCAUGCUGGCCACCAGAUCGGCGAUGGAGGUGUUCCUACCAUGGCCUGCUGACAGAGGAGCACUUGAAGCCAUGUUGCAUCACAGCCAUCGCAAUGCAGCCUGUGCCACCUUGAUGGAAGCAGUUCAUAGCAGGCAAGUGCGCAUGAUCUUGAGAGACCCAGCACUGCAGGAAUUCCUACGGGAACACUGUGUUCUAUGUGGUGGAGCUUUUCAUCCAGCUCUUUUGAGAGACCAUGUCCUUCAAGUCCAUGCCUCAAAGCUGGAAGAUGUGAUUGACCUCCUGCCGUUUUUGUAUGAAGAAUACACACAAGCGGCCCACACAGACCAUCAGUGUGCACAGUGCAAUCAGAUUUUCAACUUGCCCUUGCUUGGUGACCCGCCGCUUUCGGAACAACAUGAAGCUCAGGAACUUCUGGAUGCCUUCGGAGCCAUGGCCCCCCUGCUGAAGAAAUCCAGCCUGGCAACAAACGACGGAGGAAGGGAUCACAAGAAGGCCAAGACGCAGCACAAGCCCAAGGAGACAGACCAGCAAGUCGACCUCCACCAGGUGGUACAACAGAUGGCCAGACUCCUACUGCGCCUGGACGUGGAUCAGAAUCUGAUGAGAAGACAAGACUCUUUCGUCUUCUACAUGCAAAUGGAGCAAGAGUCAGUGAUCCACGUGCUGAGCGCCAAGGCCAAGACAUGGCAUGCAGAGGUGACCCAACAGACGGGCCAAAUGAAGACUCAAGACUGGCGGCCGCUUCGAGCCACACUGAUGCAUACCCUUGCCCUGACCUUGCAACACCGCUUGAUGAAGCUCUACCAGAGCCAACCCUCGGAUCCACUCUUUCAGACAGCUCUGCAGCACAGGCUUUUGAACGACAAAGGGGAGUUCUUCUUUCACAGGUGGGACACGGCCAGUCAAUCUCUGACCCAGACAGAUCAAACACCGGUGCCCAUGGAACGCAUGAAGAGGUAUGUGGACCAAUUGGUGGAGAACACAAUGGACCCUGCCAACACGAUCAAAUUUCACAGCCUGAAGCCCUCCGAUCAGCAGAUGACACCGUGGCUCCUACAGAUCUCCCUGCGUUGCGACGAACUGCAGAUGCUGUUGGAAGCGUUGGUGGGCUGCAAGGUUUGCCCUGUAGCUCCCUAUGAACGCCUGGCACUCAUGGACGCCCUUAGCCAGCUGACCCCCACCAACCCCGGCAAUCAGUGCUUUGUGAAUGCAGCUAUGAUGGCGACGCUUUGGGCUGUUCUGAGCCGGGUUGAUUUUCAGUAUAGUGAUUUGGGGCCAAAGGCCACCCUGAUUGCAAGCAGCAUCAUGUCCUUCUCAUUGGGUCCACUCAACCUUGCUGAACUGAUGUGGUUUCAUGAGACGAUGCAGUCAUGGCCGAACCCCACCAAUCAGGGUGAUCCAGUGGAGUUUCUUUCACAUGUUCUCAGGGGAAUGCAAUUUGGCGGCUUCAACAUGAAGUGGGAACGUCGAAUGCAAGAAGGUGAAACAGUCCGGAUCAUGGACCACAAUGAUGCCCUGCGUCCAAUUACGGUACAGUUUGAUGAAUCUGAUCCUGACGCCAUCCAUCAUGGCUACACAGCACUGCAAACCAUGAUUCACACAUGGGAAUCCCAAUAUGGUAUGCAAACUGCCCUGACUGAUCCAUCAGCCUUGGUAUGCAUCCACGUUGACCGCUUUGUCAACCAAGGCACUUCAGCUGUGACGAAAAGUGAGCGCCCUAUUCAUUUCCGUGGAAGCCUUUCCUUGCCCGUGUUUGAUCACACAGGCCUUGAGGUCAGCAGGCGUGGCUACCAGGUCAUGACGGCCAUUGCACACUUAGGCACUGAUGCUGCAGGCCACUGCAGGGCCCUUCUCAAAACGUGGCCCAAGGCUGCCCCAAAUGAGGUCAAUUUUUUGAUCACUGAGGAUGGCCAGCCACCGCAGAGGAUCUGGGAGGAACCCCGUUGGUUCAAGCAGAACGUGACCUGCUUCCUGCUGUGCGACUGUGACAGCAUUGACCUUUUCAAGAUGCCAGUCCAGCCUGAUCCUGCGCCAGCGACGCCGUCCACGGACUCAUCCAGUCCAGCCGAUCCUGAGCUUAGCACCUUGCAGAGCCUGAUCCGUGCCAUGCCGAAAUAG